AUGUCGCGUCAUCAUCCCGACUUAGUAAUGUGCCGCAAGCAAUCCGGCAUAGCCAUCGGCCGCCUCUGCGACAAAUGCGACGGCAAAUGUCCAGUCUGCGAUUCCUACGUCAGGCCCACAACUCUCGUUCGAAUAUGCGACGAAUGUUCAUUCGGAAACUACCAGAAUAAAUGUGUUGUCUGUGGAGGAGAGGGCAUCUCGGAUGCUUUCUACUGUUUUGAGUGCACGCGACUCGAGAAGGAUCGUGACGGGUGCCCUAAGAUUAUCAACUUAGGUUCAUCGAGGACAGAUCUAUUUUACCAAAAGAAGAAUUUUCGCAAUCACUGA